CUUGCUUUCUUGCUGUGUGGUCGUUGUUGGUUGGUUUUGGUUUGGUUGUUGGUUUUGGCGGACGCUUGCAUUCUCCCCCCCUCAACACGCAUCAACAUCGCUUCCCCUUGCCCGCCUUCCUCAACAUCCAACUCACACCACCGCCACCACCACCGCUUCGACACAGACAGACGGGAGAAAGAGGAUUGGGCAGUCCCUCACGCCCUCUCCCCCCUUCCCCCCUUCCCUCCUUUGUCUUCCCUUGUUUUCGACAAGCCGUGUCCUCAUCAGCACAACAACAACAACAACAACACCACCACCACCACCACCACCACCACCCCAAACAUACGACCAAGAGCACCACCCACCCACCACGUCCUUGGAUCGACACAACCCUCAUCAAGCGAGCAACACGGCAUCCAACUAGUCAUCCAACCAGGACCGCUGCAAGACUGGCGUGACUUGUCGACAUGAGCUCCCACCAACCGAGCGAUGGCUUGACUGCAACAAACAGCUCUGUCGACGACAGCCAAGCCCGUCAACAGGGCCACCAGCACCGUGUGCAACGGCUGGCAGCGACCGCCGCCGAUGAUGCCCAGGAGUCGCCCGCAAGCAAGCGCGCAAAGCUGAGCAACGACAGCAACACCCAGGCAGCCUCAAUCGACACACCCCAACUACAGCUGCAGCCACAGCGACAAGUCGCAGCAACAACAACAACAACAAACCCGCAGGCUGGUCAUGAGCUCCAGCCACAACCAACCACAUCGGAUAUCGUGGCACAUGCCGUCCUUCACCACCUGCGCGAGAUUGUGCCGCUCCUGAAGGACCCCCGGCAGCGUCCACACGCUGCCGCAACCCUGCGCACCCUCCUCACCAGCGGCGAACUGGCAAUGCAGCUCGCCUCCUCACCCAUCAUCAGGGACUUGCAGGACGGGGUCCGCACCACCAUCGACCCCAAAAUUUCUGAGCAGCAACAGCACGAACAACAACAGCAGCAGCAGCAGCAGCAGCAGCAGCAACAACAACAACAACAACAACAACAACCGCAAGAGCAACAGCAGCGGCAAGACGAGUCCACUGGCGCGCUUGUUCCAGUCAACGCAGUGGGUGUACUGCCUGCCGUUGGGGAGGGCAAACACCCCGAAUACGGCAACGACGAUGCAACAAAUGACGGGGCCGCCGAUGAGGGGCCGGACGAGCUGGACGCAGCGAGCACAGACUCUGACGAAACAGUCAGUGGUCGCUCCACCCCCAUCAACGCGCAAACUACCAGCGCAACCACCAACAGUAAUCGCGCCGAAACGAACGCUGCACUCACCACCGCGUCUGCAAACAGCCCACAUCCCCACCAGCAUCCACAGCAACAGCAGCAGCAUAGUACUGGGCAGCGGGCGGCGCGCGCGAGCCUGUCGACAUCUUCAUCGGCAUCGCCACAGUCCCGCGCACCAAGCACGACCGACAGCGACGCCGGCGAUGGCGAUUUGCCGAGCAAGCGAAGCAAGCGCAUGACCCCGCCCUCAGCGGUGCCCCACCAGCGUGGCGGUGUCACAGGGGAGUCGCAGCGGGCGCUGGUGGCACGGCUGUUCCCUCGGCGCGACACAUGCGCCAACAUCCUCAUGCACGUCGCCGUGCGCUUCCCGCACAUGUCCCGGCUGGUGGUGGAGACGCUUGGGCAGGAGCAGCUGCUGAACGAGCUUGCGUCACAGGGGGACGAGAAGGCUGCGGUUCGGGUGCUGGUGGAGGCCAAGGCCCUGCCCUACGCGGUACAGCGGUUCGUGGGCAGCCCACAUCAGCAACACCCGUACCUGCUGGUGCUGCUGGAGCACACCACCCUGGCCGACCUCAUUGCAAAGGCGCUGCGGACAGAUGAACUGUCGUUUCUGCGCCAGUGGGUCGGCACCACAGCCAUCAGCAGCAACAGCAGCAACAGCAGCAACAGGAGCGACAGCGACGCCUCCAGGCCGGACGUAGCAACGCCAGCGCCAAUGAUGUCGGUACUUGCGCUGUGUCGCAUGCUUCACGCCGUGUGCACGACAUUCCCGUUUGACGCGGUGUCGCCGCACGUGUCCCGCAUCGACGUGCUGGCGCAGAUGGCGUGCACCGCCGACGACAAGCGGCACAUGUUUUCCCUCCUCGUGGCCAUGGCAAAGGCAGACGCGCGCUGGAAGCGGCGGGUGGUGGAUGCGUUUGGGGCGCCAUACUUUGCGGCCAUCAUUGAGAGCGCCAUCGUGCCAUUGGACGUGCGUGUCCUGUGCAGCCAGUUUAUGGCCAUGGCGGUGUCGGACCAGCGCGUGGCGCAGGCGUUUGCGGACGCCAUGUCCUGCGACGUGUUGCGCAACGUGCUGCUGAGCACCAUCCAGGAGCCGCUCGCCCGCGGCCUGCUGGAGCUGCUGCUGGAGGUGGCCAAGAGGGUACAGCUGACGUCGCACCAGGUGUCCAGCCUGCUUCACGAGCGCUACAUUGCCAUGGUCACGCACGCGCCCACGCGCACGGUGGUGAUCAAGCUGUUCAACACGCUGCGGGAGCGCGGGUACGAGCAGGCGGUUGCAGAGCACGUCAACGUGCAGUCGUGGCUCGGCUGCCUGUCGGACGCCUCUGUGCAGCUGCGCAUCCUCAUCCUCAAGUUUCUGGUGGAGCUGCCGCGCUCCAAGUACACACAGCUGCACCCGCUCUCUGAGCAGCUGAUGCAGCUGGGGCACCUGCUGGAGCACCCCUCGCUGAACCUGCGCGCCAGCAUCACCGCCCUCUUCCGGCACCUUGCCUCGGGCAGCGAGGACAGGAAGGUUGCCAUCUUCCAGUGUGUGCAGCACCACCUGCAGCCGCUGCGGAACGUGCUGCAGGCGCCCAUCUCCGACCCGCCCCGCCGCUACAUCAACGCCGUGGUGGUGCGCGAGGUGCUUGCGUUUUUCAAGUGCAUGACCUCUGUGGAAGGCCCGCGCAAGAUGCGCAUCUUCACCUCCAUCGACCCGCACGCGGUGGCGGCGCUGCUGUUUGACACGCGGGACGUGCAGGUGCAGGAGCAGGCCGCGGGCUUUCUGCGCAACCUCACCCACGGCGACAACCACCGCAAGCAGAUUAUCUUCCAGAGCCUGCCCGGGCGGCUGCAGUCGCUGCUGCACAGCCCGUCGGCGCGCGUGGUGCAGUCUGUCGCCGGGCUGCUGCAGAACCUGUGCACGCGCAGCGAGGCCCGCAGGGCGCGCGUGUUUGACCGGCUGAACCUGAACGACAUUGUUGGGCUGCUGAAACACCCCGACCCGCACGUGAAGGCGCCCGCGGCGGGGCUGCUCAUGAACCUGUGCCGCACAGACCACCGGCGCAAGCUGGCCAUUGUCAAGGCCGUGCCCUUGAACCUCAUCCACUCGUUUUACAACAACGGGCAGCUGCAUCGCGCGUGUCGGGAGCAGGUCAACGGCCUGAUCCAGCACCUCACUGCCGCCUUUUCGUCGCUCGUUGCCGACGGGUACAUCCUCAACGACAUGCAGCUGCCCUUUGUGCGCAACGCCGAUGGGUCCACGGCACCGCCACCGCCGCCUCCACCUCCACCGCCGCCUGAUGACGGAAACGACGGGCCCCCUGGCAACAACGGUGGAGGGCCUGGCCCAGGCCACCGCCACAACCACCACCAUCGCCGUAUCCAGCACGUGCACGUGCAUGCGCACCUCCACCCACACCAACACCAGCACCAACACCAGCAGCAUCAGCAGCAUCAGCAACAGCACCAGCAACAGCAGCCGCACGGUGGCGGCCCUGGUGGCGCUGGCACUGGUGCUGGCGGUGGAGGUGGAGGCCCCAACCGGGGUGGCGUGAACCGCGGCCACCCGCAGGCGAGAGCAGCGACUGCAGCUGGCGCGCAGCCCGGGCAGCGGCGGUACUACCUGCGCGGCAGGGCGUUUGAGAAUGCCACGCGAGGUGGUGCCGCCGCCGCCGUGGCACGACGUGUGAGUACAAGCGACAAUGGCGCAGCUGCGAGGAGACGAGGGCAGCCUCCCGUGUUUCUCACCGGGCGCCAUCGGCGAGAGUGGGAGCAGCAGUAUCAACAGCUUCAGCAGGACCAGGAGCAGGAGCGUCGGCGGCGGCAGCAGUUGCGCGAGCAGGAGCAGGAGCGUCAACGGCGGCAGCAGUUGCGCGAGCAGUACAUGGCGUUGCGUAGGCGGCAGCGGCAGCAGCAGCGGCAACAACAACAACAACAACAACAACAACAACAACAACAGCAACAGCAACAGCAACAGCAACAUCAGCAAGGAGGCAACCAAGAAGGCUCGAGCAACAAUGGGCCGAGUGAGCAGCGCGGGCAAUAGCCCCCACAUACAGGCCGCUUACCUCUUUGUUGUAAUGGCUGCAGUGAUUGGGCAACUGGCAUUUGCGGUGUUUGAAGCGUGUGCAUGGUGUGAGUGUGUGUGUGUGUGUGUGUGUGCGUGUGUGU